ACGACUGUGUUUGUUGUAUUAAUUUUUAUGAUGUAAGAAUUAAGACAUGAUGAAGUAAAAUGUUAAUCAUCUAUUUAUAUAUUAUUGGUUUCAUUUAAAUAGCAUAAUGCUAAACCAACGACACACGAUUUUAAGAAGAUUAUAUCAAUAUGACCCAUGCUUUUGGAAGACCAUGCGAUCAAAUUUUUCUUCUCAUGAAGAUAAUUUAAUUUAUUUAUGUAAAUAUCUUAGGAUAAGUGAAAGUAAAGCUAAAUAUUUACAAAUAAGACAUCCUGCUAUAAAGAAAUUAGAUGUUGAUCAAAUCAAAAACCUAGUAGGUACAUUGUAUGAUCUAGGGUUUAAUAGCAAAGUCCUUUUAGAUCAACCAUCGCUCUGCAGUAUACUGCCAAUCACCUUGAAAUAUCGAUUUACAGUAUUAGAAGAAUGCGGACUAAACAAUAUUUCAACUCAAUAUUUAGUUUCAUAUUUGACAUUAGUAAAACGAAAAACUAUAGGGGAACUAAAACAAUCUGGAAUGAUACCUCAAGCAUUUAAUAUUGAAAAUAGACUCGCAAGUUAUAUGAGCCAAUGGCCGUCAUCUCUGACCACUUUAGUUUAUGGAGAUGUUGAGAAAUUUACUUUACAUUCAUUGAGGAUAAAAAUUAUACAGAGAUACCUUGAGCUUAUGUUAGAUCUAAGUCCGGAUGAAUUUAUUAGAGGAAUUGAUACAUAUCCAACAAUACGACAUCGUCCACUUCAAUCAAUCAAUGAAACUCUGAAUAUUUUGCUCAGUGAAAUACUAUUUCCAAUUAAAAAAAUUAAAUCUAACUUGUAUUUAGUACAUGCCGAUCCAGAAAACUUGAAGAACAUAUUAUAUAAUUUUCGAUCCAUUGGAGGAAUAGAUAUAAAAGAAAUAUUAAGAAUGUAUCCUAAGCUAGCUGUAAUAAAGUUUUCUACGUUAUUGGAUAUAAGAAAAACUUUGGAAGAAUAUGGAAUAAGUAAAGAGGCACAAAUGAGGUGCUUUCAAAUAUAUACACUAAGUCCUACAACAAUUAAAGAAAGAUUAGAAGAAGCUAAAACUAUACCAGAGUUUAAUACAUUUUAUGGCCACCCGAGAUUUUUGAAAAUGAUCUACUAUAACAAGACAGCAACAAGAAGACUGAUGAAAUUAUACAGUAACAACAAGAAAUGCUUGAGCCUCAAUAUACUUUCUGGCAGCUCUGCACAUUAUGAAAUUUUUGAGAAAGCACCAGGUGAUAGAUUGGGAAAAGGCAAAGAUUUAGUCUUUUGUAUAAGCAAGUCACUAGGUAAUUCAUUUAAUAUUACUGAUAUACGUAAUAUACUCAAGCGGCAUCCAUUUUGGAUUAAUAUACCACUUAUUCAAGUUAAAUAUGUUUAUGAACAGCUGAGUGUGGAUUUUUCUGUUAAUGAUAUUUAUGAAAAUAUCCCUAUUCUGUUGUAUCCUUGGAAUAGAAUAAGAGAAUCAUUAAAACUACUAGAACCAAGUGAAAAGCAAAAUAAGUGGUUAGCCUCAUUGCCUUAUGAACAAAUAGAUUUAACUAUGCUAAGCCAAUCACAAAAACUUAGUCUCAUAUUGUAUUUGCUUGAAAAAAAUCAUUAUUUUAGUGGAAAUGGUGUGUGGUCUGAAGAAAAACAUAAAAAUAUAGUUGAUUUAACCAAACCACUUUAACCAAAUUAAUUAGUACAAUAAUAAUAAAUAAAAAUAAUUUGAA